AUGUCUGAAACUACAAAUAAAAAUAGUGGUUCUGAAAACAGUAUUAAACACUGUAACGUUAAAGAAGAAUCUGGACAGGAAUAUAAACGUAAUAGAUAUCAAAAAGAUUACAGGAAAGAUUAUCGAUCAAAUAAUGAUUAUAAAAAAAAUAGAGGUUCAUUCAAUAGUGGAUUUAGAAGUGAUAAUUUUGGCAAGAAACCGUUUAAACGUAACUGGUCAAAUUUUCAACUAGAUGGGAAAAGAAAGAAAUUGGAAGUUGGAAAUCGGCUAAAAGAAUGUGACGUUGGUAUCACAGAAUUUAUAGGAAAUGGAGGAUUUUUUGGUGUUAUUAAAGAAAGAUAUACAGAUUUUCAUGUUAAUGAAAUUGCUCUUGAUGGACAAAUAGCUAAAUUAACAAAUCAAGACAUUCCAUCAGAUAAAAAGGAAAAUAUAGAAGAUCUAAGAAAAAUGAUAUCAGAUACAAUUUGGGAUCAGUUACAGUGUUUGAAAGAAUCAAAAGAAUCUGUUAUAGAAAUUGAUGUAACAAAUAUAGAUAAAACUCAACGUAGAGCAAUUCAUAGAAUUGCUAAUACAAUGAGGAAUGUUAUUAGCCAAACUAUAGAUAAAACAGAUAAGAAGGUCAUGGUGAUUUUGCCAAAUAAAAAACAUGUUAUUGCCAAUAGUAAUUUUCGAAAAGAUGACAGGAUAAAUUGGAAAAAAGAAGAAGAAUUUUGUUAUUUUGUGUUACAUAAAGUGAAUAUGGAUACAAUGGAUGCUUUGAAUCAAUUAGCCAUGAAUUUACGUUUGAAGCCAAAUAAUUUCAGUUAUGCUGGAACAAAGGAUCGUAGGGCAUGGACCACUCAGUGGGUUAGCGUGAGAAAAGUUGCACCUACAAAUAUAUUACGGGCUGCAAACAAUGUACGUGGAGCAUAUGUAGGAAAUUUUAAAUUUGAGUCAGAGUCUUUGAAAUUAGGGAUGUUGAUUGGUAAUCACUUCAGAAUUGCUUUAAGAAAUAUUAGUGGAACAGAUGAAGAAAUUGAAAAAACAAUGACUUCUUUGAGGGAUCAUGGAUUUAUAAACUAUUAUGGUUUGCAACGAUUUGGUACUGUAGUUGCUAUUCCUACAUAUGAAAUAGGCAAAGCUUUACUUCAAGGUAAAUGGAAUGAAGCAAUUGAAUUAAUUUUAAAGCCUAGAGAAGGUGAACAAGAUAAAGAUCUAGUCGAAGCGCGAAAAGUAUAUGAAAAAACUAAAGAUGCACAUGCUGCAUAUAAUAUAAUUAAAAGAUAUGAUAAAAUAGAAGCUACACUUCUAAAGGGCCUUAGUAUAGCUGGUAAUAAUAAUCCUCAGGGUGCUUUAGAUUCAAUACCAAGAAAUGCUCGCUUAAUGUAUAUUCAUGCAUAUCAAAGCUUUGUAUGGAAUCAUAUGGUAUCAAGAAGAAUAAGAGAAUUUGGAAGGAAUCCUAUAGUAGGGGAUUUAGUGUAUGAAAAUAAUACAAAACACAGUGAUAAUGAAGAAGAAUUUGUUUAUGAUAACGAAAAUGAAUUAGCAAGUGAAGAUACUAUGGAGCCUAAUAAAAAAAUAAGUAAACUUGAAAGUGAAACAGCUGUAGAUGUAAAAAUGGAGGAAUCUUCUAAAAUAUUAGAAGAAUCAUCAAAUACUUUGAUUAAAGAAGUAACAGAUGCUACAGAAUGUUGUCUUAAAAUAGACGAGAAUGCGGAGCAAACUAACACUAUUAACGAGAAAGAUGAGAACAAAGAUUUACAUAAUCUUCCCACAGUAAAAAUUCUUAAAGAAGAAGAUUUGUCAAAUUAUGCUUUAGCAGAUGUAUUAAUGCCUCAGGUUGGCUGGAAAGUCACAUAUCCGCCUUAUGCCAAAUCAUGGUUCAAUGAGUUUUUAGCAAAAGAUGGAUUAACUACUGAUCUUAAACAGAAGAAUAAAAAAUAUAAUUUAGGAGGUACUUAUCGAAAUAUACUGCAAAUUCCUUCAAAUUUAUCUUGGAAUAUUAUGCAUUACACAGAGAAACAUAGCGAUCUUAUUAUGAGCGAUAUUGAUGAAAUGAGAAAAUCACCAGCUCCAAAAGAUGAUCCUGAGGGCCAAUACAAAGCUUUAAUAAUAGAAAUGUCAUUAAAAUCUUCUACAUAUGCGACUAUGGCAUUACGUGAAAUUUUAAAAUCUGAUACUUCUCCACAAGCACAGGCUGCUCAAUUUGCUGCAUGUAAUGCAGAAGUAGAAAAAUCAAAUACUUCAACUAAUCCUACGGAAAGUGAAAAUAAUACGGAAAAUGAUGAUAAAUCUAGCAAUGCCGAGAAACAUUCCGAAGUUCAAGAACAAGAAACAAAAGAUGACAAAAUGGAAGAGUCCGGUGCAAUAUAA